AUGGUGGAUGUUGCAAAAUUUUAUCACGCCGUUAUUGACGAUGUGAUAAAUGGCAUGCAAGAUGCUUUUAUCGAGGACGGUCUUGAUACGGAAAUUUUGCAGGAACUAAAAAAGUUAUGGUCUUCAAAACUCUCCGACACUCAUGCUGUCGAUCCAGAGCCAGUAGUACAAACAGCUGCGCAAUAUGCUCAUAGGCUCCAAGCUGGCACGGUGCAGGUAACCUACGCACAGUCGUCCAACCUUGGACGAUUGCCCAUUCCACAGAACCACACCGUAUUAACCAAUGCUCAGCGUGGUUACGCCCCGAUGAUCCGCUCAAACCCACCUCUUAACGCGCAACUGCAACCGGGUCAGACUGCGACAGUUAUCUCCGGCAUGAACACAUCCAACCUGGCCCUUCUACGACCAGCUCUCGCUUCCCAGGGAUCAACUAACCGCCCGAUUGUCCUUGCCACCGCCCUCAAUCCCCUAAAUCCUCAGCAGCAAAUGCUGCAACAGCAGCAACAGCGCGUAGGCAAUCCACUGGGGUUUACCAUCCGUGGUGGUCUUACAAUGGCUGGGCAGCCUACUAUAUUAGCUUCUUCGGUAACCGGCAUGAACGGCAUGACCACAGCCAAUCUCGCGGCCCUACAAGUGGCGCUAUCUACCGACCGAGUUCCCUCACGUUGUCUAACUGGUACGGGCUUGUUGCAUACAGUUGUACCGACAGAACCUACCCUGGUUCGCGCCUAA